GCGGACUAAAGCCACGGAGUUUGUUUGUUUGUUUGCUGGCGAAACCACGGACCAAUUUUGAUGGAAAUAUUAAAUCAUUACAGUUGGAUUUACGAGUUGUGGCAGUGUAUACGCUUAUCCCUUCGUCAUGAUUCUCUGCCGACGCACUCAGAACAAUUUCAGCUGAAGGUGACACCAAGAAUAUGGAGGAUUUGGGAAAGCCAGUAAGAGGCAGAUAUCGACUAAAUGGUGGGCACUUGACAGUGUUAUCACAUCCUAUUACUACGAUAACGCGGCACCACGGUGACGGGUCAGAAAGCUAGGAGCUAUCGGCAGUGCGUCGUGUGUGCAAUAGUCAGGUAAGGUUCAGGAAAUACGAAGGAAUUAGUAUGAGAGGUUAUGUAUUCCACUUCCUGACACUGGUGGGCGUCACUUUGGCGACAUCUUUACUGCUCUGGUACAUCAGCACCAUCACUGUGUUAUAUCGAAAUGCAGGAGGUGAAAUAUUUACCAAAAAUCAAACAAUCCCAGUAAAUGAAAAUCUAUUUGAAGGCUUCAAUAACGAAACUGGUACCGAAAAUGGUUUAUAUAUCGUUCCAAACAUCAUUCAUUUCCUACGGUUCAAACAAAAAAACUUCUCAUUUGUGGAUGCAGUUUGUGUGCUGUCAGCUUUCAAGAACCAUCGUCCUGAUAAAAUAAUAUUUCACACGGAUGUUGAUAAAUUUGUGGGGCCUUACUGGGAGAAGAUAAAAAACACGCCAGGAAUAGUGUACGAGAUACGUAACCUUACCGUACCAGAUAAAAUUUUCGGACAGAAAUUCAGUAAAAACUAUCAUCUCUGGCAUGCGGGUGACGUAACAAGAAUUAGAAUCCUCAUGGAAUAUGGAGGAAUAUUUCUAGAUAAUGACAUUUACGUAGUACAGAAUCUAAGUAAAUUCAGAAAAUUUGAAAUGGCAAUAGGUUGGGACGAUAACCAGUGUAUAGGUACCCAAGUCCUGGUAGCCAACAAAGACGCUCGGUUCCUGAGGCUAUGGCUGGAGUCCUACAGGGAAUAUUAUCCAGAUCGCUGGUAUUACAAUGCGGGCUGCAAACCAACUGAGGAGGUGCUUUACAAGAGACCGGAACUUGUUCAUCGCGUCAAGCUAUUGUUCGGCGUACAUAUGCUUGUGCAUAAUUUAUAUAAGACACUGUGGAAGGAUUGGCGCAAACAGUAUUCAGUACAUCUGCUGAUGAGACACAGGUCAUACCUUGAUAAAGAACAUCUCGAUAAGUGGCCAGUUUUCGAUGAGAAUAACAUUAAGGAUUACCCUAUGACAUUUGGUGAGAUGGCAAGAGAUGUAUACGGAAUUUCCUAACAUCGACAACCAGAAAAAGCUGAUCACAGUGGCCUCGCGGUCUAAGGUAUGAACCGUCUUCGCCCGCUAGAACAUUGGGAUC